CCCUUACCUUUUCUCCCUUUUCUGGCAGCUUCUGAAAUGGGUUGUGGAUUGAACAAGUUAGAGAAACGCGAUGACAAGCGGCCUGGAAACAUCUACUCGACUUUGAAGAGGCCGCAGGUGGAAACCAAGACCGAUGUGUCCUAUGAGUAUCGCUUCCUGGAGUUCACAACCCUGAGUGCUGCGGAGCUCCCUCGCUCCUCGGCGGUGAGGCUGGCCUCCCUGAGAGACCUGCCCGCCCAGCUUCUGGAGCUGUACCAGCAAGGCUUCUCCCUGGUGACACUGCACCCCUUUGUUCAGCCGACCCAAGAGCGGAAGAAAACACCCCUGGAACACAUCUUCAGAGCUAUCCUGAUCAAGAAAACUGACAAAUCUCAGAAAACUGAUCUUCAAAAUGAAGGCUACGUCUUGGAAUUAGAUUGUUCUUCCUCCUUAAGCCUGAGAGGCCAAAAAAUCAUCCCAGAGUUCGUGAAGAAGAUCCAGGAGGCAGCGAGUCGGGGCCUGAAGUUCGUCGGGGUCAUCCCUCAGUACCGCUGCCCUGGGGACAGCCGCCCUCCCAUGCCUGCCACCAGCAGCGUCCAGGACUCGAGGAAGGAGCCAGGCUGUUGUGGGAGCACGGAGAGCCUGGACCCUGCCGACGGCACUCCAGCAGGGACAGAUGGAAGCCCAGGAAGGGCAGCGCCUGCCGAGCAAGCCAGCUUGCCCUCCGGAGAAGGAGAUGGGGCGGGCUUUUCACCCCAAGGAGUGACCCAGACUCUGGAUGGACAGGAUGGUGACCUCCCGGAAGUGCUUGAAGACCCACUCUCCACAAAAAUGGAGAUCUUCACCCUGUUCAACAGACCCAAGAGCCAUCAGAAGUGCCGGCAGUAUUACCCGGUCACCAUCCCGCUCCGGGUCUCCAAAAAUGGCCAGACAGUGAGCAGCUUGGAUGCCAACUGGCUGGAGCACAUGAGUGACCACUUCCGGAAAGGAGGCGUGCUGGUGAACGCAGUCUUCUACCUAGGCGUCAUCGAUGAUUCCUUACACGGCUUGACAGAUGGAGUAUUCAUCUUUGAGGCUGUUUCCACAGAAGAUAGCAAAACCAUGCAGGGCUAUGAUGCUAUUGUUGUCGAACAAUGGACUGUCCUGGAAGGUGUGGAGGUGCAGACAGACUACGUCCCCCUGCUGAACUCGCUGGCGGCCUAUGGCUGGCAGCUCACCUGUGUGCUGCCGACUCCUGUCAUCAAGACUACCAGGGAGGGGAAUGUAUCCACCAAGCAGAUUGUCUUUCUUCAGAGACCAUGUCUACCUCAGAAAAUCAAGAAAAAGGAGUCCAAGUUCCAGUGGCGAUUCUCCCGCGAAGACAUGCACAACAGGCAGAUGAGGAAAUCCAAAGGGAAACUCAGCACCAGAGACAAGCGACAAGCAGAAGAAAACAACAAGAACCUAGAAGACCAGUUUUCCAAAGCGGGAGACGUGGGGAACUGUGUGGCCAGCCGGCAGCAGGGGGCUGGAACCUCGGAGGAGAUGAGGGUCCCCGUUGGAGAGGUCACAGGGGAGAAACUGUGUCCCCCUGGCCGGCUGUGGGCGGAGGGCGGGACCAUGCACAACGGCCCUGUGUGCUCGGAGCACUUGGUUUCCAACCCCGGGGAGGAGACCUGGGAGGGGGUCCCCGGGGAAGGGCCUGUGGAGCCCACGGCGGCAGAAGACAACUGAGUCUUGGCCGUGGACCUGAGGCUGGCGAGCUGGUAGACCCGAGGCCUGGUGCCAGCAGCGGGGCCAGGGGCUGCCGUGUUACCCUUUGGCUUGGCUUGACCUCUCCUUGCGAGCAGACCCAGGCCCUCCCAGGCGGGGUCCCUGACAGUGUUAGUUCCUGCACAUCCAUUUCAAAGUGUCGUUUCCCCAGUGUUCAAUGGCAAGACGGUCCGGUGGCUUCUUCUAGACCUAGGGGAGGGUCUGGACCACCCAGUGCCUGUGUUCCCCACUCCUGCUGCACUCCAGGGAGCUUUCAGGGCAAAUCCCUGGCUGCAGACUAAGCCGGAGGUCUGUUUCCACACCCUGUGUCAUCGCCUGCUGCUCUCUGCAGCCAGUGGUGGCUUGAACAACUCGGGGACCCCCGCCGAGACCGCUCAGACCCUCCUGCUUCAGCGAGGAAAGUGACACUGGGGAGGGAGGUGCCCUGCCUCCUGGCUUUUCUCAACGUAUUCCCGUAGAUACUGGUAAUCUGGAAGUGAAGCGGUAAUUCUGUUUGUGCACCUGCUCUUGCAGAAUGUCCAAGGAAGUAUCCUGUAUUAGUAUUAAUGCCAAAAAUCAUUCUAAAAAACAUUUUGUAUCCAGCACAUCCUGCACACACACGUUCUUUCUGUCAUUUCAGAGUGAGCCGGCUGGCUGAGAGUCCUUGUCAUGUGCUAUUUUAAUCAGUGUGUCAUUGGCCCAGUUGUUUCCCACGUACGCUGUCACGUGUUUAUAUUGUCCAGAAAGUAUCGUGAAGGCUUUAAGUAGACGCGACUGGCAAACCUGGAGAGAGGGUGCCUGAUUGUCUUGCCCAGAACAACAGCCUGUCUCUUCUCUUUCUUGUUUAGUUACUUAAAGCAAUAAAUCAUC